GAGAUGAGAGUUUGACGUCAAAACUAGAUUUCCGGCAGGAGCGAAGGAGCUUAACAUUAGCGGCAUUGUGGGGUGUUUAAACACUGAUCUGGGUGUGCAGCCUGUGUUAAGAAGAUCGUGACCGUCCCGCGAAAAGCGGGACUUUGGGCACUUACUCUUUGGUUUUUGCAUGCCUGGUUGACGUUGUUCUAAGAAUGCCACUCUUAAGCACUGACCAAGACUAGUGUAUGAUAUUAGACCGAUUGACCAGUAAGCCAAAUGGCAGAUAUGGAUGGCUGGUUGUGGGGAGGUUAGCCACUCUGCUAACAUGCUGCCCACUAAUAAAAAGCUGGAUGAGCCUUGUUCCAACAAUGCUCCUUCCUUGUCGGUUCCAGAGUGUGCUAUAUGCCUGCAGAUAUGUGUGCACCCAGUGAGUCUUCCUUGCAAACACAUAUUCUGCUACUUGUGUGUGAAGGGGGCCUCUUGGCUUGGAAGGCGUUGUGCUUUGUGCAGACAAGAGAUUCCUGAGGACUUUCUUGACAAACCUACAUUGCUGUCUCCUGAGGAUCUGAAAUCUGCAAGUAGAGGAAAUGGAGAGUAUGCCUGGUAUUAUGAGGGAAGAAAUGGGUGGUGGCAGUAUGAUGAGCGGACAAGCAGAGAGCUUGAAGAUGCCUUCACAAAGGGCAAAAAGAGCACAGAGAUGUUGAUAGCUGGCUUCCUUUAUGUGGCUGACUUGGAGAACAUGGUUCAGUACAGGCGUAAUGAGCAUGGACGGCGCAGAAAAAUCAAGAGAGAUAUUGUAGAUAUACCAAAAAAAGGAGUUGCUGGGCUUAGGCUAGAAUGUGAUGCAGCAAAUUUAAAUCUAGCACGAGAGAGCUCAGCAGAUGGUGCUGACAGCAUGGCAGCACUUGGAGAUUCUUCAAGUCAACCAGCUCAUGUGUUACCAGCAAGGCUGCACACAUCCCUCAGUACAACUACAAGUCAAGUCCUUUCACAUUCUGAUGUGACUACUUCAUUGGAGAACUCCUUCACUCAGCUUCAGAUUGGAGAUCCUGUGAUUAACAGGAAUUAUAUAGGUGAAGAGGGACGGCCUCUAAUUAUUGCUAGAAUGCAAGCCACCAAUGCUGUAUUGGAAGAACAAGAGCCAAGUGACCUUAAUGACCAUGGAAGCCCAGCAUUACAACAUAAUUCAUUUCUUGUGCCACAAAGUAAUAGGCUCCCCUUUGGUAAUCCCUGAUUUUACCACACCUGCAUAGGCAAAAGUACAGUGUAAAGUACAGUGUAAGAUCUAGGAGACCUGACGGAAAGUGCACAAGUCACAAAAGUCUAAAGCAGUCAGCCAGAGAAAGAAGGGCAAUGUCAUCCUUGUAAUUACCUUAGUAAGAUUCUGUUAUUUUAGAGCUGAGCUCAGAAUUGGAUAAUUGUUUGAAAGGCAAAAUACUUAACAUUAACAAAGUAUCUUGUUCUUGGGCUUAGUUGUUUUAAUGCUGUUUGCCGAAUGGGUAUGACACACACUGAGCUAAUUUUACUAAGUGGUGCUAAACCAAAAGGUAUCCAAUGUGUAUUACAUAAAAAAAAAAAAUUUUUUUUGGGGGGGGGUCUCCUGAGAGCAGUAUAUAAUUCAGGAUAUGGAAAUACCAUAGCCUAAAUAUAUGUUAAAAGUGUGUUACGAGUGUAAAACAUAUUGUGUUCGCUCAACAUUCAUUGUGCAUUUAACACUAUACCUUGUAGCCAUAGAUGUCAAGAGGGCAACGCUCCUGUAUACCUGCAAUGCCGUUUUCCCUAUAAAUUCAGAUACGCAAAGCAGGAAUGUUUUUUUACACACGGUAGGCUUACCCGUUACUUAAAAUUUUAGGGAGAGUAAGAUAAAAGAUAAGAAAUUUUACUAAGAAAGAACAAGUAGAUCAAAAAACAUGUAUAUGAAUUGUCCCUUAUUGAUAGCAUUGGUACAUCAAUAAGAACUAUCUAGCAGUGUGUAUCUUGUCACUCUAGGUCAGAUAGGAUUUUAGAUGGCCCUGUAUAGUCCUGUAGUCUUGUUUUAUUUAAAGGUGGUUACACCUUACCUAUAUGCAAAACACUGACUUCCAUUGGCUGUUUUAUAUACAGUGUUGGUUAACCUAUACUAGUAACACCAGAAAGUGAAAAUAUUCUUGGCAACUAAUCAGAUUUUAUAUGAGAGUGGUGUUGAUCGUUUGGAUGUGCAGAGUUGUGUGUUAGAUUGCACAUCAGUUUAUCACCACUUAAAUUCAUAGUGACGCUUUCCACAUUGACACCAUCACUUCAAUAAACUGUUAUGUGUUAAACUUA